UUCAUGUUAUAACUCGAGGUCUCUCUCUCUCUCUCGCUCCCCCCCUCUCUCUCUCUCUCUCUCUCUCUCUCUCUCGCUCUCUCUGUGGUUCUUUACAGGCUUUUCUUCCAGCAGACUGAAGAAGAAGAAGAAGAAGAAGAAGAAGAAGAAGAAGAAGAAGAAGCAGCAGCGAUGGGGAAACUUUGUGCGCUGAUUUCCUGUGUGUUGCUGAGUGUCGCCGCGGUGAUGGCCCAGACAGCUCAGACUGGGACUACCGAGCGUCUGCUGCCUCAGUGGCUCACCGGCAUCAUCGCCGUCGCCGGUUUCCUCUUCCUCGCCUUCGUCAUCCUGCUGGUGCAGAAGGCCUGGUGCGAUGAGCCAAUCACGAGGAAGAGCGCCAUGGAGUCGGUGAGACAAGACGACGUGGACGGAAACGCGUAUGAGACCAGUCUGGACAUGGUCAGGAGGAAGAGCGCCGCGGAGUCGGUGAGACAAGACGACGUGGACGGAAACGCGUACGAGGUUCUGGACAUGGUCAGGAGCAAAGACGACAAGAACGCUUACGAAAACCUGGCGAUGGACGGCCCUGAAGACAAAGUUACCUCCAUGUGACCGCUCUGCUCUGAUCCUAUUGGCUGUCUGAACGCCGUCUCACACACACACACACGCACACAGACAGACA